CUUUCAUCUUCAGAAUCAUGCGUGCGGGUAAGGGUUAUUGACACGACCACAAAUAUGGUCUGCCAAGCUCGGGCCUUUUUACAACCUGAAAUGGACGGCCAUGAACACCUCACGUUGAAAACAUUCUGUUUUUUGAUUGAGCACGAGAACUUGAAUAGAAAGAUUCUUUUUGAUCUUGGCGCUCGUACGGAUCUGGAAAGCUUUGCCCCCAGACUCCAGGAGAUGAUAGAGGGUAUUGAAGUGACCGUUGACGAAGCUGUUCACACAACACUUGAAAAUGCAGGCAUAGCAUUAGACUCAAUCGAUACAAUUAUCUGGAGUCACUGGCACUGGGAUCACAUUGGCGAUUGCUCUAAAUUUCCACCUGGCACGAAAAUCAUUGUUGGUCCUGGAUUCAAGAAGACAUUUCGUCUAGGAUGGCCUAAAAAUUUAGACUCUUUCUUGUUGGCCUCGGAUCUAGAAACACAUGAGCUACAGGAAAUCAAUUUUGACUCUUCUCCACCCAUUCAGGGCAUAAGGUACUACGACUAUUUCUGUGAUGGCUCCUUUUAUCUACUUGAUCUCCCUGGGCACACCGUUGGGCAUAUUGGAGCAUUAUGUCGUACAACACCAUCUACGUUCAUUCUCCUCGGGGCCGACUCAUGUCACUUCCUCGGUGUGAUGCGCCCUACACCGGAAAACCCACAGCACGUGAGGGCCGGAGAUGGUGUAGCAUCUCUUUCUUCGGGACCAUGUCCUUGCAGCAAUAUUCCUUUCAAUUCUCGUGCGAAAAUGCUCGAGAGCUCGGUAGCCGUUAUGCCCGAUGGCCCCAUGUGCCGCCGAUCUCCCUAUUACAAUAUCAGCGCUCAUGAAUCUACCGCAUUUGAAGCCCCGGACGUCGCACAAAAGACGGUGGAGUCUUUGCAGAUCCUUGAUGCCAAUCCGAAUAUAUGGAUAUGUUUUGCUCAUGACAAUUCGAUAUCUGAGGUCUGCCCAUUGCUGAAUACUGCCCCUGAGAAAGAUUUGAAUUUGUGGAGGGAGCAGGAUUUAAAAAAUCGUUCAAUGUGGCAUUUCUUAAACGACCUCGGAAGACACGCUUGCUGA